AUGGAUUUCACCAAGUUUCUCGCGUGCACUUUGAUGUUUCUGUGUCUGGAAGUUCUUAUCACGACGUCCGGUUCAGCUACACCUUCCCGCUAUGAAUCUGACGAGAGCAAUUCGGCCAGAAUAUCCAGUGAACAUCGACUACAUCUUAGAAUACAACGGGGCCUGAUCAGUCGUCUCAAGAACAAACUGGGCCACCGCAAACGGCAUGGCCUUCCACACCAUCCACGGAAUCCACAAUCCGGCGGCAGUGGCGUCACGAAGAUUACGAUCCAGAAACCAUCAAAUAUUGAUCGCGGAUUGCAAGCAAUCCAGACCGGCGCAGACAUCUUUGGACACGGUGUGCAGCUGAAACACAUUCUGCAGCAGAAGCAGCAGCAGCAGCAGCAGCAGCCUAGCUAUGUUGAUGUCGGUGCUAAACACGAAGUUGUGAAGGUUCCUACAUUUUACGUAGCACCUAAACCGAACGUGCCACACAAAAAGAAUUCAGCAUCUGGGAUCGCUGUUUCUUUGAAGGUGAUUGUUGCUGUGUUUAUUUACAAGAACAUACUUACUGACUAUCUAGCAUAAAUAAGCACUAAGGAACUAUAUGGAAUUUAGUUCGUGUUCCGUUUAAUUGGAGGACUGGAAGAUCAUUCGUGUCAAACUAAUUUUGUGUAUAAUUGUUAUUAAACAUUUGUUUUCUGAAACUUUCCGCAAUCUUGGAUUAAAUUUGCUGAUAUAAUAUUACGUGAUCCAUCUGUUUCUCGAGUUCCAUUAUGACUAAUGUAUCUACCUACGGUGUCUGAAUCUUAG